GUUUUUUUCGGGGAGCCCCGAGGGCGUGAGCGUGUGACUCUUUCCGCUUCCGGGUAGCGGCAGCUCUGGUGACGGCGUGGCCGGCGCCGCCGCCCGGCCUCCUUUCCGUGUCCCGCUGCUGGGGAGGUACCGGCGCCCGCGGGGGCGGCCGGGCCGGACCGUGCGGCGCGGCGGGCCCUGGCAGGCGGCUCGUCCAUGCUGUGUGCCUGCUGGAGCCGCUGGGGCAGGGCCCGGGCGGAGCCCGGCGGUACGGGCGGUGCGUUUGGGGCCUGCCUGGGCACACGGGGGAUUGUGGCUAAUAGAAACCUGCGCUCAGCACCGAGAAGGGGGGGUUGGGUUUAUUUCAGCCCUUCGGUUGACGCAGGCUGCGGCAGAGCCCUCUGGGGCUGGCGGGAGCGGGUGAGAGGUGCUUUAGAACAACGUUAAAUGCUUAAAUGAAAGGCGAGGAAAGCGUGGCUGUGGAAGGGGCAGGCACUUGUGCAUCUUUUGCCUGUGCAGAGUAAAGCUCCUCGGUGGUGAACUGUAGAAAUAUGCAUAAGCUGUAGUGGCAGAAGCAUGUGUCCUAAAAAGAGCAGUAUUAUUGAGCUUUGGCUUUUUUUUUUUUUUUUUGUAUAAGCAGGCAGAAAAAACGGUGGAGGUUUUAUAUAUGCAGCUGAAAACAUGCUAGAAGUGUCAGUUUUCAUGGUAUGUUUGGUUGUUUCUGGUGGCCGUUUUGACUGCAUUCAGUUGUUGAGUUUGUUUUUAGCGGGAUGAAUAUGAUGGCGGAUAUUAUCAAGGAACUGGCAGUUCUCUGCAUGGUUUAUUUGUACUAGCAGUGAAGUAACUGAUAACCUUGUGCAGCUUGGUAUGUUGCUGGAUCAACUGGCUGGGGUUGCAGCAAGAUGGAGAGGUGGGAGCAAAGGCUAGACUGCUUAGCUGUGUGUGCAAAAGGCUUGAUUGGUGUGCUGCUGAAAGACCAGCAGAACUGUGCUGCAUCAGAAAAGUGACAAAAUUGGAACAUGUCCUGGAAAUGGCUGCUUGUGCUACCGACUUUGUUAGAGCUCCCGCGCUGAUUCUGAAUUCUUUCCAAGAACCUGGAACAGAGCAUAGAAGUCUUCUACAGAAGCAAGGUCCAUGCUAUAAUGAUUUAAAUCACCCAUUUGGAAGAAAUACUAGUGGGACUCCCAUGAGACUCCUGACGUUUUGCUGAUGUUCCUGUUAGAAGAACAGUUAUCACCUCAUUCUGAAAUCAGUAAUAAAAGUACCGAUAUUCAAACUGCUGUGCUUAAACAUUCAAGUUUCUUCAAAUGCAAUGACUCAGCAGCCACAGGAUGAAUUUGACAGUAGCGUGGAGAAUGCAGAAGCUUGGAUGAAGGCUAUCCAAGAGAGGCUGAGGAUCAAUGACAACACCAAGGGACCUCGAUCUGCCCUAGAAGCCAGACUGAGAGAGACUGAGAAAAUACGUGACCUGGAGCCAGAAGGCAGCUUGAAAAUGGAUUUGGUUCUUGUGAAGGCAGAUGCUGCUCUCCGCAGCAUCAGUGAGGAUAAGAAACAUGAGGUACUAUCUAAACUGAAAGACAUUAAGGCCUUGUGGGAAGAGACAGCCAUAUACAUUACUCACUGCCACAGCCGUAUUGAGUGGGUCUGGCUGCACUGGAGUGAGUACCUGAAAGCCCAAGAUGAGUUUUAUGCAUGGAUUCACAACAUGAGGGUGACCUUGGAGCCUGACAUUGAGUUGCAGCUUGGCUUAAAGGAGAAGCAGUGGCAGCUGAGCCAUGCUCAGAUUCUGCUGAACGACGUCUUAAAUCAGUCAGUCCUGCUGGAAAGGCUGCUAGAGGAAGCUGCUUCCUUGUUCAACCGGAUAGGUGACCCCAGCGUUGAUGAAGAUGCUCAGAAGAAGAUGAGGGUGGAAUAUGAAGGAAUCAAGGAAGAAGCUCAGAGCAGAGUGAAACUGCUUGAAAAGAUAACCAAAGAACACGAGCGGUACAGCGCUAAUGUCAACCAGUUUCAAUCGUGGCUGAAUGGUGUGACAGAAAGAUUAAACGGCUGCAUUGGCGAAGCAACCAAGUCUUCAGCAGAGGACAAGUUAAAGGCACUGCAGGAAAUUGCCAAAAGCGUUAGGAGUGGUGGAAAGAAAUGGAAGCAUCUUGAAAAUCAGUGUGCAGAUGUGAUUCAGAAUACCUCCCCACUGGGAGCUGAGAGAAUGAAGGAUGAACUUGAAGAGCUGCGAAAAGCCUUGGAGAAGUUGAAACUGCUGUUUAAUGAGGAGGAGGAUAGAUUGCUCAAGAUCCUACAGUUAGAAGGUGCCUAUGAGUCCCAAGCCAGACAGUUAGAAGCAGAUGUCCAGGAAUUCAGAAAAGAUCUACAGAGACUAGAAAACGACUUGGACCCUGGGGUGGGGGAGAAGAGUGAAGAUGAGUUUGUAGCUCUGUGGAGAAAAUGCAAUGCAACAAGAGCGUCUCUGGCUGCAGAAGAGUCCAAGGUUGAGAGGCUGAAAGUUCAGCUUAAGGAACUGCUACGUUUUUCGCAAGAUGUGCAGCCGCACGCUGAGAGUGUUGUCUCUGCAAUACAGGAGUAUCAAAGUGUUAGAGGGAAGACAUCCAAAAUGAGCGCUGAUACGGAAAGUCAACUGAGGAGGCUUUUUCAAAAUCCCCUGCAAGAUUUUGAACAGUGGAAGCCAUCAGUCAAGAUGCUCCUGGACACUCCAGAGCCAGCGCUUGCUCAGAUUGAGGCUGCUCUAGUUGAAAGCUCCCAGUUCAAAGAGAAGUUGAUGACAUUACAGCUGAAGAAGGAUUUGCUAAACAAUAUCCUUGGUGAGGAAAAAGCAAAGUCUUUUCUCGUGGAAGUAGCUGAAGCUUCAAAGGAGAGAGAAGUUCUACAUAAAAGUCUGCUGCAAAGCAAGCGCAAACUGCAGAAUUUGAUAUUGCAACAUAAGGACUUCGAUGCUGGUUUUGCACCUUUGCAGAAGAAAUUAUCUGCAAUCAAGGCCAAAAUAGAUCUAGAGAAUGAACCACAGCCUGAGUUGUUAGGUAAAAAGACGCAACUCCAGAGACUCCAGAUGCUCCAAGAUGAUUUGUCAGAGCUUGCAAUUCAAAUGGAAGAGGUAGAGAAGCUCGUUCAGUCAAAUACCACACAUAGGCAUGAAAUGAACCAGCUUUCAUCUGACUCCCAGGCCCUGAAGAGAUCAUUGGAGAUGAUGAUACAGCAGAGCGAGGAGCACAUUCAGAAGCAGUGGGCAUUUAAUGACAAACUCUCCGACCUCCAGCAUUGGAUCACAGUAACCACUGAGAAACUGGACUCUUACCAGCAUGCUGAUAGGGAGCGGAGCAUUGAGAGCAGGGUGGCAGACCUUGAGAGAUUGCUAGCUGAGUUUCCAGAUAAGGAGAUCCAGCUGCACCUUGUGGAAGCUCAUGGCCAGCUAGUCAUGGAGAAUUCUUCCCCAGAGGAGACUGCCCGUGUCCAGGCAGAGCUAAAUCAACUGAAGGAGUCCUGGAGAUCACUCAAAGACAUGGCAACCAACCUUCUCAAAUGGUGGCAGUUAAAUAGACCAGUGGCUGAUAAGAAGAAGAAAAUAGCUUUUGUGGACAGCAGACAAAAGUCUGGACCAGCCUUCCAUCCUGUAGAUGUAGAUUCCAGUCACGAGCAGGAGAGGAUAGGAGAAUGGCAAAAUAAGAGCAGCCACCUUAAGCUCCUACAUGACUUUGAAGAGUGGUUACAAGGAGAAAACACCAAACUGACCAAAAUUCUUGCUCUGGAGUCAUCUUCUGUGGAGGAAAUCAAGGCUCGACACAACAAGCUGGAGGAGCUCCAGUCUCGUGUUCCUGAUGGUCAGCAUCUCUUUGAAGACCUUCUUCAUCUUCAUCCUGUCAUUGGAAACUCUGAAGAUCUGGAGGACUUGCGUUACCGAUGGAUGCUCUACAAAUCUAAACUGAAAGAGUCCCUGAGUUCGCCGACUCCUAAAUCUUUGGAAGGACCAGACAGAUUCAGAAAGAAGCACUCUGGAGGUGCGUGUGCUUUCCUGCGUCGAGUGUGCUGGGCAGCACUGCCAUUGCAACUACUCCUCUUGCUCCUCCUGCUCCUGGCCUUUCUCCUCCCCCUGGUAGAAGAGACCCACAGCUGCAAGCUGGCCAACAACUUUGCUCGGUCCUUCAAUCUGAUGCUGAGAUACGAGCGCCCACCUCCAACCUAACUUCUCCGGAUAGCAAGAGGUGACAGUCUCAGAAACACAGACUGCUUUUCUCUUGGGUUUUAGCAGUUGCAAAUAUUGUAGAUUUUAGGGCUUCCAACAAGGCCAUCAUACUAACUGGAUUUGCCACAUAAUUGCAGCAUAAUAUUAAUCCACAUUAAUCAGGUAUUUGAGCAAAUUUAAUAUUUUUACAGUAUUUUAUGAUUAUAUUUAUAAAGUGUAUAUAGAGAUUGUGUAUGUCUAUGUAUGUGUAUACACUUACAGAUAUGUAUACAUAUAUAUAUAUAAAUAUAAAUUGCAUAUCUGUGGUCAAAUUAAUAUCCACCAUCCACUGUUUGGGGAUAAUCCUGCAGUGUUUCUGUUUCUGCCAUCUUUCAGCAAGGAAUAUUGAAUGAUGGGUUUUUUGUUUUGUUUUAUUUUGUUUUGUUUUUAAAUCAAGUUCUCGUUGUUUACAACUGAAGUCAAAGCAAGUAUGAGAAGAUGUGGGGGUAUGCAGCAGAGUGAAAAUUGGAGAGCAGGCAAAACUGAAUCAUGUUUGAAUACAGUGGGCGACAUUCAGUCCAAGCAAAAUUUGAACAAUUCUAUUUAAAAUCUUGAGCUAUUUUUUCAGUAGCUCAAUGCAAGGAUUGCAGAAGGCAAUGGAAAUAUUCCCACUGACUUCAGUAGGAGUGGGGACGGGCCUCCUCUUGUUCUCAUUUUUUAACAGGUUUCUCUUCCAAUUAUCGUGUUCUCCAGCCCACCUGAAUCAGGAGAGUAAUAUAGUAGGAGGAAAGCUGGAAAAAAGAAUUUUUUUCUUUUAUACAUACCUAUAAUAGGGGAACUUUUAAAAUCAGGUAAUAAUUUUCUGAACAAAUUUGUGAGGUCCACUAAACAACACCUUGUAUCAGUGAUCUUGUUUUUAAAAAGUGAUGGGGAUUUUUUUGUUUUAUGAAGAGGCAUUUGUGAAUGGAUCAUAAAGCCGAAAUAGUUGGAUGCAGCCUGGCUCAGCUUCAGCAAAGCAAAACUCGGAAAUAUUUUAAUACCACUGUGGAAACAAGAUUCCUUCCUAGGAUGUUGUUAUGUUAGUGAUCUGUUAAACUGAUGUAAACUGAUUGCAUCAGUCAAGUGUAGAUUUCUAGACAGUAUAAACUUCAAGAUGAUGACAACUUGUCAUUUAUUUACCUAACCUUAUGCCUGAUUUAUCAAUUUUUUGAAUGUACAUUUUAACAUUGCCUUUUAAUGUAAACACAAUUCUCAGCUUUACUGUGAUGAAACCGUUCUUUGUGGUGUUUUACCUAACUGGACUUCUGAAAGAGAAGGUAAUUUCUAAAAUUUUAUGCCAUUUCUGAGAACUGUCUUUAUUUUACCUUCUUUUUAGCCUCAGUGGUAAUCAUCCCCCAAAAAUGUUAACAGAAGAAACAGUUACUUUCCCCAUCUUAGCUGUGUUGUGGGAGGAGCUUCUCUUCUGGGCAGCAGCAUGUGGUGUUCAGUGUUGUUUUCCAAACAAAUCCCAAAUAAUAUUAAAUCUGUUGCGCAGGUGAAAGUAGCUGAGGCACUAGAAGAGGAAGUCAUUUUUCUGUAGCAAAAACGUGAAAGUUUUGCUGGAGCGAGAAAGCUUGGAUAGAAGACAGGAAGGCACAGAAGCAAGGAGCUUGUUUUAGGCACAGAGCAGAGGAGAACAAGCAAGAUGUGAAAAGAGGACUAGAUAAAAAUAGAGAACAGAGGUGUCCAACAAUGUAUAAAGCCUAAGAAAGGAAGUCAUGAUGAACAGACAGGACAAGAAUAUAGGCUUUUGUGAAAAUAAAUGUCAUUGAUCCCAUCUCCCUGCUACAGCAUUGUCAGUAUUGCAUAUUAAACAGACCUUUAUUCAGUGAGAUUUAGAAUGGGGCAAACAACAGGGACUCUACUGGGGUGCUGAGGAGACUUCUCCACUGUCAGGACUCUAUCACUGUGUUCCUAAUAAUGUUUCCAAUUAUACUGGCUUUGCAAGACCUGGAUAAAAAUGUCAAAUUUCCACUAAAAGUGAAAAGGAGGCUGGGAAAUUAGAGGAAAGAGAGCAGGGAAGGUGAAGGUAUUCAUGCAGAGCUCGAGGGGAGUAUGAGGAGGAUCUGAACUGAUGCAGAUUAAAACCUGACUGUUGGGAGGUAGGAGAAGAGAUCUGGAGAGCAGGUAGAGGGGGAACUGAAAUCUGGAAGGUGAGGAGAGAAGACAUACACUGAGAGAGAGAAAUAAGACAUUCACAGCUAAACAGGGAGUGAAAGAGGGCAUGGUCUGUGCUUUCUUUCAAGAAGGAGCCAGAUAGAAAGGAGCUAUAAUUCAUCAGAGAAUGGAGCAAAUGAAUUCCUUCUUUGCAACUGUUCUUUCUGGCAGUGGAGGACGUACCUCCUCCUUUCCCCCGAUUAGCUGUUCAAGAGCCAUGCACAGUUUCGCAAUGCUUCUCUUAAAAUUGCUGCCAGCCCUGAGGGAAACCCUGUGGCUGCACAGCAAGGAGCUAAUCAUCAUACACAUCUCCAUUUCAAAUUAAAUGGUCCAGUAGAAAAGAAGUGUGGGGGAAGAGAGGCAGUAACAAAGCCUGCUGUAUGUGGUUGUUUAUAGGUGUACUUGUGCAUGCACUUUUCUGUGGCAUAGCUACACUGCAGUUCUCUGAGCUUUGCUUAGCUGUUCCCUUGUGCCGAAAGUAAAAUGCCAGUGAGAGAGAAAGAAGAAAAUUAUGAGGAAAAAAUAUAACCACUAGAGAAAAUCAGCAGAGAGAUAGGCAAGUCUUACUGUGAAAGCACUGUGAAAGCAAUCAGUUUCCUUUCUGACCAGCCUUUCUGAUCUGGAUGUUUUCUGUGGGUUCACAAAUACAUGAGACGCCACAAAAGUAUGCAAUUUCCAUGCAAAUUUCCAUGGAAAGGACCAUAAGAGAACAACUGCAUCAUCACCUUGAUGUUUCAGGGUUGUGGCAGGCUUUUUUUUAAAAAAGACUAAAUUAGAAACACAUUUUUGCUGCUGGGUUUGCAUUCAAUUUAUUCUGUAAGUCCUCUGUCUGUAAUUUUGGAGUCUUUUUGCUUUAAAUCUCAGCAAAUCCAUUCUCAUAAACUUCAGAUAAUUUAAAUAUCUCACAUAAGUGAUGAAUCUUUCUACCUUUUUGCAAUGGAAACUAUCCAAAGCACAGAGCCUUGGUUUUCAUCUCACUUAGGACACUUUUCUAUAAAUGUUAUUGACCUCACCAGUGUUGUUCCUGUCUUACGCAGAUGAGAGAUGAAAAUUAAGCCCUUUGUUUUUCUAAUAAAGAAUGUAAAAAAUCAGAAAAGUAAGUUUGAAAUGUAAAUUCAGAACUUGCUGUAUUUUUAAUUCUCUAAUUUUACUUCUGAAGUGUUUGAGAUACUGAUUUCUGGGAGCAUAAAUACUAAUCCAGUCGGUGGUUUGAACAACGAAAACAGAAUGCCCAGUUCAACUUCCCUGAACGUGAGCAAAGCUCAGAUUCCUUAAAAUGCAUAUUAAAUCAUUUACCAGUAAACCAUUUCCAGAUCAGUCAUUAAAAUCUCGAGUAUUAUUCUUCAUGCCUGAAUCAUUGCUCACACACAAGUUAUGCCCUAGCUUUCGUACCUCUAAAACCCCAGCUCGUACCUCUCUGACAUCUAUGCAUAACAGAUGUUUUAUAGCUCAGCUUCAGACUGCGGCCACUGUCUUAAGACAUUCCUUGCUGAAAGCCUAGGAUAUGCAAAAUGAAUAAGUGUCCGCAAUUGAGUAUUCAUGCUACCUUACUCUAAUCCAGAUCCAGCCACUGUCAGAGUGCUAAAACCCUAAAAUAGACUGAACAUGUUUGAGCUUGUAAAUUGUGCAUCUGUCUCAGGCCACGUAGCCUAUACUGCAUGCGGAUACCCAGCCUGUUUACAGAGCAGAGCUCUUGUGCAUCUGUCCAAGUUUUUUUGCCUGCACGAUUGGACCCAGUAUUUGAUUGACCACAUUAAUGACCCUCCAGUGUUGAAGGCAAAAUCCUGCACUGCAGUGCCCAUGAGUUAGAGUAAGAAUUCUGCACAGCCCCAAAGGCAGACUUCAGAUUUAGCCUUUGGAGUGAAAGCAAGCCUAAUUUAAAUUGAAAGUAAUUUUGCAGCCAGACACUUUCAACAGAAUUUUCUAUGACUGCAGUAGAGUGAGGCAGAAAUUUGCUGUUUUGCCACAUGUCCAUUAGUAGCCCUUUCUCUGAUUUGAACUAGCAAUUAAGAUUGUAUUACAUACUAUUUUAUAUAUGACCUCUUCAGAAAUCUCUAUAGGAAAAGCAUAUUCUGUUAUAUGCGCACACAUUACAAAAAUCGUAUUCUCCUGAGCAUGGAAGCUUCAGAGCAAUCAUAAUAAACACUUGCUUAUUUACCCUGGCUGAGACACUUACUACACUCAGACAUUUGGGACUGAAAAGAAGGCUACUAAGCUAACUGAUAAAAACACCUAAUUAUAACUGAAUAAUUUCCAGAGCUCUUAGAAUCACUUUCCAUUUCUCCUUAAUCCUUUUCGUUGGGAUAGUCAAAGACCCCGGAAAAAAACAAAUAUCUUCUAAAAAUGGCCAUGAUUAGAUAUGCAGAUUGCAAUCACUACAUAUGAGAACAAGUGGUAUGUUUUGUGUAGUUGCUGUAGGACUUAGGAGUUUGGUCAGUCUGAUCUCUUCUUCAAUAUUAAAUAAGGAGUGUUUUACUUUGUUUGAUGUGUGCAUACAGAUCUCAUUGGCACUAACGAGAUUUGAAGAGUGAGUUUAUAUGCAAGAAUUCUUUUAAAUUUGGUCAAUGAGAGAAUACAUUUUACUCUUUCUUUAAGUAAAAAUAAAAAUCUGUAUAGCAGCGAUUCCCAGAGCAAACAAAACCUUUAGGAAUAACUAAAGAUUACAGACUGAAAUUUAUUUAUUAUCCACCCUAGUAAAGUGGAGAAGGAGUUUUGCCUUUCAAGAAAUGCUGGUAUAAAUAUCCCAAUAAACAUAUCUUUACUGGGCAUCAUUCAUGUCUUUUCAGGUCAUAGAUUAUGUACCCAACUGGCUAAAAUAACCGAUUUGGAAACUUUAUUAUCCAUUGGUAGUAUCACUUGCUAGCUUGCAGCUGAAAACAUGUUUGCCCAAUGAACUAUAUCAGCUUCUUCCAGAGUCGCCAGGGGCUGUCAAGGACAUUCUUAGUAGUUCUCAGAUCAUUGACCUGCUAUGAGCCAUUACAAGUCUGUUGCAUUAAUCUGGCUGUCAACUGUUGCCAACUCUCAGAAACCAGUUUAUUAAAAUACUAAAGAUAACAUUGUCGGUACAGACAUCAUGAUUCAUUCAAAAACCAAUCUUAUUACUUUGUCAUAUUUAAACAUAAUUAUAAAUGGGUUAUGCUGGGUUAUAAUCAGAUUAGUCAUAAGUGUUGCAUGUUCUAGUCACAAGACUUUUUGACUUGCAAAUAUGUUUAAGAACUGUGGGUUCAUUUUGGACUUGUUAUUACAGCUCCAUCUGUCUGUCCCCUUCAGCUUCCCUCUCUCUGCCCUGGCGUCCAUCCCUGUCGCAGCUAUUAGACUUCUCAGUCUCAACUGCCAAACGCUCCCCUUUUCCCGUCCCUCCUGCCACGGGUUGUUUACAUGUCUCAUCCUCAUGCCUACACCCAGCACAGUCCAGUUUCAGCCUGCCCCUUCGGUCUUGUGUCUUAGCCUCUUCACAGCAGAGCCCUGCACGCAGAAUCGUCCCCUCCUUUCCAUACCUUCACCCCCUCUUGCCUUCCUCCCUGGUUUCCUCCAGCCCAACACACAGGACAGAGUCUUGGUCUCAGCGUGACCAGCCCUAGCCAUUCCCUGUUGCAGUUCCUCCUGCAGAUGCUCUGCUUCAAGGCCUGUUCCCCCGUGCUCAUGUCAGAGCAGCCUUGGUAGCUGUCCGAGGGUGCUCUGGCCCUUGACAGCCAUCUCUCCCGAGUCUCCUGGCUGUCGCUUGCCCUUAUCUGUCUUCUGCGUCAGCUCAGGGCCUGUUCUUAAUAUUCACAUCUGCAGAUCAGAGCGCAAGGGUGACACUUAACAAACAAUUAUUGGUAAUGAAAGCCUUGCCAUUAGCAUUGUUCAUAACCUGCCCAGACUCUUUUCUCUUGUUCCCUCUAAGCAGGUUUUGAUGGGUAAUCCAAUUACAACGUACAGAAAAUUGCCCCUUAAUCAGGGAGGAGGGCCGGUGCUUCAGCUGCAGCGCUAUUACCCUCCAUUGCCGCUGCCUGCAUAAGCACUACCAUGUGCUCCCAGCCCGGGGCUGCGCGCGGAGGGGCGUAUGCCCUUGAGCUGCCGGGAAUGUCUGAAUAUUGCUGCUAUACAUCAUAAUAAGCCAAGAUCUUUCUUUUUUUUUUGGAACUGGAAAAAAGAAAGAAAAGAAAAUGGUCACUUUUAAGCAACUGAUUUCACAACCCAUUUAUCAAGCACUUUAGCAAACCAUUUAUUUUAGCUCCUUUCUGUUUGCUCAAAAGCUAUAUGUUAAGAAAGGAGAGGUGAAUUUCAAGAGGCUGGAAGCUGGAGGCAGACUGUGGUGCCACCCGCCGCUAUCAGCCCUUUGCUUUGAGGCCUCCAGCUAGAAUUCGGGAUUAGGAUCUGUUAUUUUUCCUAAUGUAACCCCCGCCUUCAAAAUCAAACUGUUUCUUUUGUCAAGUCCAAUACACAUUGAACACCACAGACUUGGUUUCAUUGCAGUUAUGAAUGCCUCUGUAUGGUACUUUCCAUUGCUAUGAAAUAUAUGUAUAUAUAUGUAGAUGUAUAUAUAUGUAAUGGGGAGUGUAAUUAUUCUUCUGCUUAAAGAAAGGUGACAUUCCACAUCAAUGUAAUCUUCAAGUGCAGCUUUUAAAGGAAAGUGUGUCUGAAAGGGAAGCUGGGAGAGUUUACAGGUAUGUGUUUUAAUGACCUUUAAUAAGCUCUGAGUUAGGGCCUUAUCCUCUAAGGUGAAAAGUGCCCAAGAUGAUUUUCCCAUCACCUUCUCAGAGCGGUCCCUGUAAAAGUUUUUAACCUGAUAAUCACAGGUUGAGCACUGGCUGUUUCUGAAGGCCUUUGGAUGUUACAUGUACUAAAUAUGUGUCAGUUCUCCAAGUACCAACUUCCAUUUUGUGCACACACUUGACUGGAAGUCAAAAAACGCAUCUUUGUCUUGCUCUGAGGCCCUGACUGCUUUUCUUUCUCAAUGGACAUAUUGCUUUUGAUCAGUCUCAUUCUUUCCAUUUUUUCCCUUCUUUUUAAUUUGUGCUUAACUCAGUUUAUCAGGUGAUUGCAGGAGGGCAUAUUGCUCUUGCCCAGCCUCAGAGCUGCCUUUCCGGCAGUUUACCUUCUUCUCAUGUGUUUACUUGGGGGUACUGGACCACUGUGAAACAGUUACACGAGCAAUAAUGUGGGUGUUGCAUUUUUCCAUCAUCACCUUUUGUGAGAUGUAGCACUGCAUUGACAUUGAAAACUGGUGGGAGACCCAGAAGCUGCAUUAUUGUUUACCAGCAACUUAAGCAAUGUACACUGCUUCUGCAGAGGACCUGUCCUCACUUCUCAAAGCAUCUGGCUGUGUUGGGCCCAACUUAAUUAGCAAGGCUGGAUUAUAAAUGAUCUUGAAUUCACUUCACCAACACUCCAUCAAUCUUGCUUCCAUCAGUUUUUGUGCUUUUGUUUAGUUUUAAGCUAGAAGAAAGUUUAAAGAAUUGUGCUAUGAGCCCCUUACAGGGUACAUAAAUAUCCCAUAUACUGCCCAAAAAUUAAAACAAAAUCAACUCUCACAUUGAACAGAAUUAAUAAGUUCUAAUUAACUUAUUAAAAAGUUAAGAGGAACAGCCUGGAGUGAAGUUUUAUGUAAUCAAUUUUCUGUUUUUAGUUUAAAAAUCACUGAUUAUCAAGAUAUUUUUUGGCACUUUCUGUUAGAAAUGAACUGGUAACUAAAAUGUGAAUCCUCCAGAAUGGGAGGUUUGUCGAUGUGGAUCUAAAUUUCACCGGUAUGUCCUAUAUUCUGUCACUGCUUCUGAGCACUAAGGAAAUCUAAGGCCGUUCCCAACAGGAGCUUCUCUUGUGAAUGGUUUUAAAAUUCGUUAGAGCUCCUGUCCACUUGCACAUGUUUGCAGUGGGGAGGAUCAGAAAACUUCAUGCGAACCCUGUGGAUUCUGCGCCUUUGAAACCCUGGCUUGAAUUCAGGUCCCCACCUCAGCUUCUUGUAAAUGUUAAUAUUCAAGUAGAACAGAAAUGUUAGCAGCAAUUACAGCAUGGACAUCUCUUGUUUAUGUAUAGUAGCUGAUAGCAGAGUCUGUAAUAACAAUCUAUGUUUAUACAUGUGCUGUUCAAUGUAACAGUUGGGUACAAAAUACUUUCUAGUGUCACAAGAAAAUAACUGGAUUGAUGUCACUUUUUGCUUGUAUGAGCAUAAUUAUUUGCAUUGCAGGGACCAGUUCCACUUUUGUCAUGUUAUUUAUGCUUUUUAAAUACAUUUGUGAUAAAUUAGGCUCAUUUCUAAGGUAAACAAUACUGGAGCCAAACAGCUGUCUCUGUACAUGUGCAUGUUAUCACAGCUGAUAUCAAGUCUAAGUCAGACUCCUUGUCUUGCUUGGACCUUUCCUUAACCUUUUUGGCUUGAUUCAGGGAAAUGUGGACCAGUCUAUUUUCUUAUUAAAAAUGUGGUUUUUUGAAAAGCUCAACUUAUUUUUUAGAUCCUUUCUUUUUACAACUAUUGAUGCAGAAAGACUGUAACAAUCAUAUUUUUCUAAACUGCCACUUGCUUUGUGUUGGGAAAUAAUAUAUAAAUAUAUAUUUUGUUCUACAAAAUUCCAUGUAGUUUUGAAACUCUUUGUUUUCAUAUAUAUCCUCCUAUAUGCCAGAAUUAUCUAAAGAUGCUGUAAGCUUCUAUAUACUGACUCUCUAUGAAAAUGUAUAAAAAUGUAACUGCAUAAGACUGACUUUAUUUUUUAUUUAAAUGUAUUGGAGCUCAGUCAUCCUUAGUGUUAUUCUAUACUAUAUAUAAAGAAAGAAAUCAGGUCAUUUUUUCAAAAGCCUGGACCUCGUUAUGUAACACUUCCUAAAAAGUCUUGACUGGAAGUGAUGAGAAUUAGCUGAGAAAUGGUGCCAUUUCAGGGCCUGAUUUUGUAGUUUAUUCACACUGUUUAGGACCUUAUUUCACAAGUACUCCCAUGAAAUUUCACUGGAAAUGUUACAAAUAAGAGCCUAUGAUGUGUGAAAAGCCAGGCAGAGUAAGACCCUUUUCUAGUGAAGAACAGAACCUUUUAACUAGAAAAGAGGUUGUGUUUGGAAUAUUUUAGAACAACAUUUUAGUUCUCUUCUGCACUGUGGAUUCCUCCUGUAUAUUCUGGAUUUAUUCCAUAGCUGGAAUGCCAGAUUAAAUCAAUUGAAGCCCCAUGCACAGAUGAAUGUAAUAGAAAUAUUGCAGUGAAAUAUUGCAGAAAAUGACCUGAUUUCCUUCCUCGAAAGAAUAGUUUGUGUUUAAAGGCACUUGCGGCCUUGUCUUCUGUGCACGUUUUAAAUAGAGGCCGUUGUUUUGUACCUUGAUCAUGGUGUAAUAUGGAAGGACUUUUGCUGUCUGCCUGGAAAAGAGUAAUAUUUUCUCAAAUAAAAGAAUCCGAUUCUGCAAAACUCUUCUGGGAGUUAAGGGCAAUUGGGACCUUCUGGGAUCAGGCCACAUUAUUCUGAAAGUUUAUCCCUUGAUGACAAAAUAUGAUGUGGCUUUGCUGUUUGCAGGUAGGAUAAAGAGACUGGAAAUACAUCAUCCCAAGCCUUAGCCUUGUGACUGUUUUGUGAUGCUUUACUGUUACGACUGAGCUAUGCUGAAUCGGAUUAUAAAAUCAGAUUACUUUAUUGUAUGUGUCCUUUUUUUGUAAUGAAAAAAUAAUUGUAUUUGAUGUUGCAGUUACAACACAGUAAAUAAACACAUACGUAUUUCUUUUUAA